AUGAUUGGAAAAUGGAAAAUCUCUAUUUUCAUAGCAAUUGUCAUACUAGGAUUGUUUCAAGGGCAGGCUUUGUGUGAAAACCCUGAAGAAGAAAUUCGUUUAAUUCUUAUCGGCAAAACUGGAACUGGUAAAAGUGCAACCGGGAAUUCCAUUCUUGGUAAACAUUCCUUCAAAUCUGCAGAGGGACUGGAGUCGGUUACUAAAACAUCAAGUGUGGAUACAACUUUUCGAUUCGGGUAUAAAUUAAAAGUCAUUGAUACACCUGGACUGGAAAGUACAAGCUUAUUAAACAAGACUCUUGUAAUGGAAAUAAAGAAAGCAAUUGACAUGGCUUCCCCAGGACCACAUGCUCUGAUAUUACACUUAGAACCCAAAAGACUAACAGAAGAGGAUGAAAAUGGAUAUGCAAUCAAGAAGAAAUCCGCCUAAUUCUUAUUGGAAAAACAGGAUCUGGUAAAAGUGCAACGGGGAAUUCUUUACUAGGGAAGAUGGCGUUCAAAUCUGAAAACAGCUUAGUGUCAAUAACACGUACCACAUCAUAUAAAACGAGUUUCAGAUUUGGUGGUAAGCUUGUUGUGGUAGAUACUCCAGGACUAGCCGAUACAAACUUCAGCGAUAGAGAUGUGCUCAUAGAAAUAACUAAGUCAUACGCAAUGGUUUCGCCAGGGCCCCAUGCUUUUGUUAUGCUCAUUCAUCCUAACAGGUUUACUAAAGAAGAUGCGAAAAUACUAGAUACAUACAAAAAACUUUUUGGGAACGAAUUUGAAAAAUAUUUAGUUCUUGUUUUCACAGAUAAAAGGAAAUUUCAAACAACAUCCGAUCUUGACACCUUUGUAAACAACAUUCCUGAAGAUCAUCCAAUAAAAAAUCUCAUUAGAUCCGUUAAAAAGCGAUAUAUGGCACUCGAUUAUUCUCUUAACAUAGAAGAUCAAAAGGAAGACGCUUUCACGCUAUUGCAAAAAAUAGAAGACAUGAAGGGACAAAACGAUCCUCCAUACUUCCAUACCCCGCUAACUAAGUACACAGAAGCUUUAUAUCGCCAUAUUGAAAAAAUUCUGCAAAAUGAUAAAAAUUAUAACGAGAACCUCAGGGAUGAAGUAAGGGGGGUAAUUUUUGAAAUGUUUACAACAUAUGCUCCAUAUAUUGCUGCAGUUGCAUUUACUAUCGGAUUAACGUAUGGAUAUGGUCUUCCUCUUGCCAUAAAGGUUUUAACAUAUUUGCAAUCGAUUAACGAUUGGAAUUUAGCAUUUAAAU